UGGCGGCGGCUGCGGGGUGACACGGGGCGGGGCAGCGCCGGGGAAGGCGGGGCGGCGCGGGGCAUGCCGGGCCACGCGCGGGCUGCCGGGAACGGGGCGGAGCGCGGCCGCGCCGGCGCGUCGAGGGGAGAGGCAGCCGCCGCGAUGGACGUGUUCCUUAUGAUCCGGCGCCACAAGACCACCAUCUUCACGGACGCCAAGGAGUCCAGCACGGUGUUCGAGCUGAAGCGCAUCGUCGAGGGCAUCCUCAAGCGGCCUCCUGACGAGCAGCGGCUGUACAAGGAUGACCAACUCUUGGAUGAUGGCAAGACCCUGGGCGAGUGUGGCUUCACCAGUCAAACAGCACGGCCACAGGCCCCAGCCACAGUGGGGCUGGCCUUCCGGGCAGAUGACACCUUUGAGGCCCUGUGCAUCGAGCCGUUCUCCAGCCCACCUGAGCUGCCCGAUGUGAUGAAGCCCCAGGACUCGGGAAGCAGUGCCAAUGAACAAGCCGUGCAGUGAGGACCCCCAAGAGGCCCAUUCCCCCCAAUAAAAGAGAUUUGGGAGUCUUCCUA